UCCAGAAAUAGACACUAGAGAUCGCAAAGGCGAAAACUAACGAUGCACGGUUUUAUCAUUCAAUCGAGGAGGGUAUUAUCGGAAGCCAAAUAUUAUCCACGGUGGUCGCAACUAGCUCGACGCUGCUUCUCUCAGGUGGCUCAUAAGACGGAGCUCGAUAAAAACAAUGUCAUUUCGGUUCCUAAAUUGCCUCCCUUCGAUUACUCUCCGACUCCUUACACCGGUCCCUCCGCCGCCGAUAUCCUUUCCAAACGCAAGGAGUAUCUCAGCCCUUCCAUGUUUUACUUUUACGACAAACGGCCGGUGAAUAUGGUUGAUGGGAGGAUGCAGUAUUUGUUCGAUGAGGACGGGCGAAGGUAUCUAGACGCAUUCGGAGGGAUCGCCACAGUGAGUUGCGGCCACUGCCAUCCCGAUGUGGUGGACGCAAUCGUAAACCAAACAAAGCGCUUGCAACACUCCACGAUCCUUUACCUCAAUAGUGCCAUCGCUGAUUUCGCUGAAGCCCUUGCCAAUAAGUUGCCCGGCAAUCUCAAGGUGGUAUUCUUUACAAAUUCAGGGACAGAAGCAAACGAGUUGGCAAUGAUGAUAGCGAGACUGUAUACUGGUUGCCAUGACAUAAUAUCGUUGAGGAACGCUUAUCACGGGAAUGCAGCCGGAACCAUGGGAGCCACUGCCCAAAGUAACUGGAAGUUCAAUGUUAUACAGAGUGGAGUUCAUCAUGCCGUAAACCCGGAUCCAUACCGAGGUGUCUUUGGAUCCGAAGGCGAGAAGUAUGCAAAAGAUGUCCAAGAUCUUAUCCAGUUUGGAACAUCUGGAAACAUUGCUGGUUUUAUUUCUGAAGCCAUACAGGGAGUUGGUGGGAUCAUAGAAUUGGCCCCAGGUUACUUGCCUGCUGUUUAUAGCACCAUAAAGAAAGCUGGAGGUCUUUGCAUAGCUGAUGAGGUUCAGGCUGGCUUUGCUCGCACAGGGAGCCAUUUCUGGGGAUUUGAGAACCAGGGAGUCGUUCCCGAUAUAGUGACAAUGGCUAAGGGCAUUGGCAAUGGCAUCCCGCUAGGUGCUGUGGUAACCACCCCUGAAAUCGCAGAGGUCUUGACACGCAGAAGUUACUUCAAUACCUUUGGUGGAAACCCUGUAUGUACUGCAGCAGGGUUAGCCGUCCUGAAAGUAAUCGAAAAAGAAAAGCUUCAGGAAAAUGCACAUGUCGUAGGAUCACAUUUGAAGGAGAGGCUAACUACACUAAAAGAUAAAUACGAUCUUAUCGGUGACGUACGGGGAAGAGGAUUGAUGCUUGGAGUUGAACUUGUCACUGAUCACAAGCUCAAAACUCCUGCGAAGCUCGAAACUCUUCAUAUAAUGGACAAACUGAAAGAAAUCGGAGUGUUGGUCGGAAAAGGUGGAUUUUACGGAAAUGUAUUCAGAAUUACUCCUCCGCUCUGCUUUACCAAGGAAGAUGCAGAUUUCCUAGUAGAUGCAAUGGAUUACACCAUGGCCAAAAUGUAAGCGAAGCUACCUUCAAAGUUUAAAUGUAUAUAGACAUAUAUGUGAUUGUGAUGAUAUCACAAGUUGAUAUAAUCAGUGCUGUAUUGUAACAUCCUUUCUGUAAAUGAAAAUGAUCCAUUAAUGCGCAUA